AUGCUGAGCCGUUUCAUUCCUUACUUCGAUACCAGUCCGAGCAGGAAUCCAUUCCCGCCAAACUCAUUCCCACGCUUCCAAUGGCGCACACGAGAGAGUAUGAAGGGGGCCGUCGACAUCGAGCUGCAAGAGCAUUACAUCGAUACCAAUAACGAUGAUCAACACGACGCAAGCCGCGACCGGCAGUUCACAACCAUCAGUAGCGACAGCCAGAAAACAGCGACGGCACAAGACAAGGGCGAUGUGAUGAUGAUGGAGGAACCAGGGCUGCACUUGCAAGUGAACAAGCCCAAGCCUUCUUUCCAACCUGGCAACUGA